GCACAAGAAGCCUAAUAGACAAUUCGUAUUGUUUAGCUCCUCCACUUUCCGAAUAUUUAUAAUAAUAUAAUACUAAUAGUACUACUAUUAUUAUUACUGUUAAUUGGUUGAACAAGAAUCUUUGUGUUACUCAUUGACUAAUUUUCUAUAUACUGCUGCUUCUUUUUAGACAAAUAUACAAACAACAAUUACUACUAACUAAAUAAUGACUACACAUUGUUCCUUUUUCGAAGGCAAGGAAUUGUCUGACUCUAUCGGUUAUUACACUGAUCUUGAAAAGUGGAACGAAGAUCAAACCACUCUCAAGCAAUAUGUCAACUUGAAACUCUCUGCAUCAGGUCUUCCACUCUUUGGAAAGCUUGAUAAGCUUCUUCAAAUCACCGAUCCUCUCUUAAAUACAUUCAAGGAACAUGAUAGAUUAUUGGAUAAUUAUCAAUGUCCAAUCGACAAACGUAUUCAAAGCUUUAUCAAUUCUUAUGUGUCUGAUUUGCAAGGUUAUGAUGUUAAUUCUCUUCAUCUUCCUGCAAAUUGUUUGGAAUUAGAUAGAGUGGGUAUGGCAAGACUCCUCUCCUUACCAGGUGAUGGUGAUAAAUUCGAAAAUGAUAUUGUUUGUUCAUACAGAUUAAAACAAGGUGUAUUACACAAUCCAGUCAAUGACAGAAGAACCACACAAGGUUCUUUCCAUAUUGCUUUGGGAGGCUUACCAGUUCCUGCUGAUAAGAUGGAAGUUCCAAAGCUUGUUUGGGCCAAUCUCUUGAAAGAAGCCCUCAAUCCACCUUCUUCAAAUAAGACUUUACCAUAUACUAGUAAUCAAUGUGAGGAAAAGAAAGCCAAAUGUUGGGUUUCACUCAUGUUACGUCCUCUUUUAAGUCCUGCUGUUCCAGGAGAAUCAGAAGAAAAGACUAUGGAAGUUAGAUUCUUUGCUCCUGGUUCUUUAGUUUCAAAUCUUGAUUUUGUUGAAAGUAUUUUCGGAAAUGCUGGACAUGCUUAUUACACUGAAAACGAUGCUGCUUUGGAUGUCAGACGUUGGUCUGGUCACACUGGUUGUGUUAUUUUGGCUCCUCACUUGACUAAGGUAACUAAAAAAUCACUUGGUCUCCCUCACAUCAGUACUGCAACUGAUAGACAAAAGAGAGAUGGAAUGUGUUAUGAAAAGGAUACUGAUUUGUAUAAUAUGGGUGAAGCUUUCAAGAUUACUUGUAGAACAAAUACCGGAGUUAUUCUUACAAUCAUUGCUGAUAACUAUUUCGGAUAUUGUAAAAAGGAAGUCAAGUCACAAAUGACCUAUGCUACUAAUUUGUAUGGUAACUGCGAAGAAGAGCAUAGUGGUGGUGCUAUUGCAUUCCCUUCAUAUUAUUUGGGAGAUACUUUCAGAUUGAAAGAUUACCAUAUUGAUGAGGAAUAUACUUUCAAGGAAAUGACAACAAGAUGCAAUGGAAGAAUUUCUGUUGAUGAAUCUCUCGGCAUGGGUAUCGAUAAUAGAUUCUCUGAUAUCCUAUACCUUCCAGAAGAUGCAUUCUUUACUUUGCACGGUCAAAACAUUUCUUGGUCUCACUACAAGACUGGUGAAAAGGUCAACAUUAGAUUGAAGCCAAAUAUUACUUAUAUUCUUCCAUCUGGUUAUAGAGUUGAAAUGAUUCACGAAAAGUCAGGAUUCUCUCUUAUUGGUACUGUUGGUACUGGUACUUACUGUCACAAACCAAGUACUAUUUCUGGAGGUGGUAAAAGUGAAAUUUCCAAGUCAAUUGGUGAUGCAAUCAUUACUGGUCCAGUAAUUGUUGCUGAUUUUAUGAAGGAUUUGGAAACUGUCGAACAAUUAAUUGAAAAGGAUUAUAGUAAGAGAUUCCAAGACAAGACUGUUACUGAUACUCGUGCUGUUUUAAGCAUGGAAAGAUCACUUGGUAGUGUUGUCAAACUUCUCACCUGUUCUGAAUCUUACACUGAAGAAUAUAAUCAAUGGUUGCUUUCAAUCCCAUCCUACAUCAAACAAUUGGUCUUUAUUGUCAAGAGUUUGUACAAACCAUCUUGGGAAGGCAAGUGGAAGGAGAAAUUCAGUGUUGACUUGGUUAAUGGUUCCUUUGGUAACAGCUUGAAAUACAAGAUGGAACCAGUUGUUGGCCAUUAUAUGCGUGUUGGUUUCCAAAACAACUCUUGGAGAACUUUCGAAUUGAGAAAGGACUUUACUCCAGCUUUCAAGAUCCAAACCGAAGACGAUAUGACCUCCUCUGUUGUCGUUCCUAUAAGAAAGCUCCAAAGCAAGUACCUCCAAAACAGUCGUGUUAAAGGUACCUCAAUCAAGAUCUCAAAGAAUACCGAAUUCAGAUUGUUCCAAAGACCAGAUGAUUGUAUCAUUAGAGGUUAUGAUAAGAAGUGUGAAUCUGACUUGGCUACUCCAAAUACUUUCAUUUGUAACUUUGAAGCUUUGGAUCAAAAGGGUGUUCAAGAUAUUCUCGAUGAUACUAUCAGUUUCCAUGCUUACACUAAGCCACAACGUCAAUUCUUGGAAGAAUACGCAAAGGAAGGUGUUCCAAGCUAUUGUGUUGCUUCAUCAAAUACCAGAGUUGUUGGACCAAAUCAAAGAUCAAAGAAUCCAAGAUACUUGCAAAACAGUGAAGAAUUGACCAAGCCAAGAAAGUACUAUUUGGCUGAAGUCUGCACUCGUUUGCACCAAGUUCUCUCACCUACAACUGCUGUUGUCUAUCCAGUUGAUGCUGUUAUUUCUGGUCGUAGAAAUAACCCUGAAAUGAAGGGUGUCCCUCCACUCUGUGUACAUAACCCAAUCCACUAUUUGGAACUUCCUGAACUUUUCAUGGAAUAUAUCAGUUCCAUGACUGGUAAAUCACCAUCUACUACUGGUGCUUGUGGUUCUGAAGGUGCUCUUACUAAGGGUCCAUUUUGUCCAAUUCUCUCUAUUACUGAAUUGAACACAGCCCUUGUCUCAAUGAUCUUGACUGGUUCAGAUGGUUACUUCUCUAGUGCUGGUACUUUGGGUCCAAAUUACCGUGUUGACCACGACGUUUCUCUCUUGAUUCCAGAAAUUUGGUGUAGAAUGAAGGCAGAAGAACGUGAUCCAAGCUACCUCAUCAAGAAUGACAUGCUCGAAAAGCUCAAUGACUUUGAACACAAUGGUCAACUUGUUCAAGCAAGUAGACUUGGUUAUCGUAUCACUAAGAAAUUCGUUAGAACAUUCUUUGGUAGAUUAUUCACCAAUCCUAGCUCAGUCUUUACUGAUGAUAUGCUCCAACCUGAAAAGCAAGGUGUUGAUACAUUUGUGAAAUCUCUUGGUAUUAUUUUGGAUACAUACAAGUCAGUUGCCUUGUCUUACUUUGAAGAUGGUUCUAUUGAUGGUGCUUGUCCACCACUUAAGGCUGUACUCCACGUUAUGGCUCACGGUCACUACAAUGGAAAGAGCAUUAAUGACUCAGAAAUUCGUCAAAUGUUUACUGAACAAGCUCUCUUGUCAAGUGAGUGGUAUAAGGAAAGACUUGCAACCCGUCAAAAGGUUCUCAUUAAUUGUUUGAACAGAAGUAAGGAAUAUCUUACAAACUUUUCCCAUCAACCUCGUUACAGUGAUUUGGCUGAAAAGUUGAACAUUAACGAAAAAUUGUCCUAUGUCGAAAGUGAACUUGUUAAGGUUUCUGAUGUUAAAUAUUUGGAAGAUUUGGUUGGUCAUUUAGGUACAGAUCCAUUCAUGUAUAAAUAAAUUAUUAUUUGACUCG